AUGUGGGGGAAAAAGUUCAUAUUCUGCGACGAGAAAUGUGAAGUUGUGCGAUGCGGGUCACACGAAAUUUGUCAGUUUAGGUUGACCGAUUUAUAUCUUGCUGAGCAUGCUCUACGGGAAGUGGCACAACGUGAGGAAAAGUUACAUCGUCGUGUCCUAGCCUUACAAAAGACUAUGGCUAUCGAGAGUACAGCUACCCAGUGUACAGCUACCGAGUCUGUCAGCGCCCAGCUUGAGCAGGCAAAUCAACAGCUUCAAGAGGCUCAAGAGCAAUACCCAAGACAGGAGUACACCCUUUACCAAGCACUGUUUAAGGCGUGA